AUGUCAAUAUUAUACAGUUCCGAAAAUUUCAAUAGCUUUUAUCCAGAAUUAACUGUUUUGCAGCGUUUUUAUUCUGAACGUACCAAAGGCCAAAUCAAUGGACAAGUUAAAAAUUCACGUUACGAAGACCAGUCACGCGAAAGUUUACUGAAUGGAUGUUUACCCGGGCCGCUUAGUCCAUUAGAUACAUACAUUUCACAGAGAAAAGUGUCUCCAUCAUCAUCCGUAGCGACAACAUUGGAUACAUCGCCGAGCGACAGCGGUCAAAACAUUUCAUCGAAACGUCUAAUAUUUAAUCGUGAACGAGUUAAUCUUGAAUCGCAUAAGUUAGUAUGGUUAGAUGAGGACAAUCAAUUCACUCUUGAAUUUUUAAGAACAAUUGUUGAUUAUACCAAAGUAUUUGAUAAUAUUGAAGAAUGUCAACAAUACAUUGAACAAACAAAUGGAACAACAACGACAUUUCUGUCACAAUUACGCAUUUUAGAAGAAUUUCAAGCAAACUAUAAACCGGAAGAUGCAAUUCGAUGGUAUACAAAAGAUACAUUUGUCUAUAGUAUUCUGAAUAAAGCACUACGCCAGCAUAAUAUUGAAGCUAUGUUUCUAUUUGGAUUCUACAUACAAGAUUUAUAUCGACAACUGGCAAAGGAACAUAAAACAUUCAAGUUAGCAAAUUUAGAAAAUUCGAUAAUUAAAGUUUAUCGUGGCCAGAUCAUAUCGCGUAGAGAAGUUAUGAAAAUCAUAUGGAAUAAUUCAAAUGACGAUGACUUUAUAUCUAAGAUAAUUAACAGUUUCUUUUCCACAUCUCUCAAUCAUAAUUUAGCAUCAUUUUACCUGAAUCCAUCAUUGCAGCCUGACGAUGAACUUCAGAGUGUUUUAUUUGAAAUUGAUAUUGAUGUGCGUGAAGAUUCUCGUCCAUAUGCUAACGUAUCAUAUUUAAGUGAAUUUGGUCAAGAAGAAGAAGUCUUAUUCAUGAUCGGAACAAAAUUCGUAUCAACGAAAAGUAUUUUGUACGCUGAAAAAGAAAAGCGUUGGAUAUUCGCAGUAGAAUUGGCGGAUGAUUAUUUUCAUAGUAGUACAAAGAUAGAUACAGUGAAAAACUACGUUAAAAAACAUUUAAGACAUAUGACCGAUGAAUCAGUUGAGGAUAUAAAUAGUGUUUUUAAUGGGUUGGUUAGUUUUUACCCAUCGGAAAGAUGGAUUUUAGCUGUUAAAUUUCAUUCUCUAGCAAAUUAUUAUCGAGGAUGGAAAGGUAAAAACUAUAUUUCAGCAAUAUCGAAUUACUGUUUGGCAUUAGAAGUAUUGCUAGAAUGUAUAUGCGAUGAUGAAUUAAACUGUACUAUUGAAAUCGGUGAAAUUCAUAACAAAAUUGGAUGGUGUUACAAAUAUGAGUUACAAGAUUAUAAUAUGGCUAAGAAACAUUAUGAUCUGUCUAUCAGUUAUUAUCAAUCGGUAAUUGAGAAAUUAACUACAGAAGAUGAAAAAAUCAAGUUUGUGAAUCUGUUGGAGGAUAUAUACGAGAUGAAGAUGGAUAUCAGUAUUGAUGAAAAUGAAAAAUUAGAAAAUGGUUUAAUGCUGAUAAAAUACAAAGAACAAAAUCUAGAUUAUCUUUUAAAAUCGAAUUUGAAAAAUGUCGUUCGUGAAAUCGAAGAUAUAGGGUUCGUUUAUGAAUCGAUCUCUAAAUAUGAUGAUGCUUUACUUAAUUAUGUAAGAGCUUUCGAGAUUUAUGUGCAAAACAACUCAUAUUGGGUUAUCAUUUAUAAUAUUUUGGUAAGAAUUGUUAGCUUUAUUAUCGAAAAGAAAGGCGAUCAUCGCACAGCCCUUAAGUAUCAAUUGAUAAAACAUGAGUAUAUGAUAUUAAGGCAUAAUGAAGCACUAGAGAGGACCAAUAAUUGGCGUAUAGGAUCACGAUUUAAUAACUUGGCUAAGAGUCACGUCGAAUUAGCUGAUUAUUAUAUAGAGUUACAAACAUAUAAUCUGGCUCACGAACAUUUGACAAAAGCAUUAAAAUUAUAUCAAGACAUUAAAUUGUAUAACAAAAAAGAAGACACAAUCAAAGAGCUUACAGAAAAAAUCAAAACUGUACAACCGUUUUUAGAAUAG